CAAGUGAUUAUUCCUCUUUUCUAGAUUUGAUGAUGGAAGAAAAUCCUUCACCAGCUGUUUUGGAAGGGAAGAUUACUGGAAUAAGUUUCUCAUUGGCCACUGAAGACGAGAUUCGUAAAGCUUCCAUUAGUGAUUGCCCCAUUAGCCAUACGAGCCAGCUUUCCAAUCCGUUUCUUGGACUUCCCCUCGAAGUGGGAAGAUGUGAAUCUUGUGGCACAGCUGAACCUGGCAAAUGUGAAGGUCAUUUUGGGUACAUUGAGUUGCCGAUUCCGAUAUAUCAUCCAUCUCAUCUUAAUGAGCUCAAGCGUAUCUUGAGUUUAAUAUGUCUCAAGUGUUUAAAGUUCAAGAAUCGCAGGUUGCCAAACAAGACCACUGGUAUGUUUGAAAAGGUUUUGACUGUAUGUUGCGAGGAAACUGCAAAUGUAACUGUGGAUGUGGUACAAAAACAAGAUGGUGCAUCUUACUUGCAGCUUAAAGUUCCAUCUAAAACAUGUAAAGAAGGGUUAUGGGAAUUUCUUGAACGUUAUGGGUACAGAUAUGGUGAUGGACACAAGCGACCUUUGCUUCCAUCUGAGGUGUUGGUGAUGUUAAAGAAAAUUGACAAGGAGAAGGCAACUAAAAAGAAGUUAGCUGGGAGGGGAUGUUUUUUUCAGGAAGGGUAUAUCAUGCAACAUCUUCCCAUCCCUCCAAAUUGUCUCUCAACACCAGAUGUCUCUGAUGGCAUCAAUGUUAUGUCAUCGGAUAUUUCAAUGACAAUGCUUAAAAAAGUUUUGAGACAAGUGGAAAUUAUUAAGAGUUCCAGAUCUGGGAUUCCAAACUUUGAGUCUCUUGAAGUCGAGGUUAAUGAUCUACAGAAUGCUGUAGCGCAAUAUCUUCAAUCAAGGGGUGCUAAGGCCUCCCCCAACAAAAAUAUACGCUACGGAAUUGCAAAAGAACUGAACGACUCCUCUUCAACCAAAGCAUGGCUUGAGAAAAUGAAAACUCUUUUCAUAAGUAAAGGAUCAGGGUUUUCUUCCAGAAGUGUCAUAACAGGUGACCCAUACAAAGGUGUGGGCGAAAUAGGAAUACCAUUUGAGAUAGCUCAGAGAAUCACAUUUGAAGAAAGGGUAACUGAAUACAACAUGAAGUUCCUUCAGAAGUUGGUAGAUGACAAGUUGUGUUUAACAUAUCGAGAUGGCAAUAACACAUAUUCUUUAAGAGAAGGGUCAAAGGGGCACACGUUUUUGAAACCAGGACAGGUUGUUCACAGAAAGAUUAUGGAGGGAGAUGUGAUUUUUAUCAAUAGGCCACCCACUACCCAUAAGCAUUCGUUACAAGCUUUAUCGGUUUAUAUCCAUGAUGAUCAUACUUUCAAGAUUAAUCCUUUAAUCUGUGGGCCAUUGAGUGCUGAUUUUGAUGGAGAUUGUAUUCACAUCUUUUACCCUCAAUCCCCAGAAGCAAAAGCUGAAGUGUUGGAGCUUUUUGCAGUUGAAAAGCAGCUUUUGAGCUCACACAGUGGAAAUGUAAACUUGCAGUUUGGGUCUGACUCUUUGUUAUCUCUUAAAACUCUGUUCAAGAAAUUCUUUUUCAAGAAAUCAGAAGUCCAACAGCUGGCAUUGUUCACAUCAAGUACAUUGCCCAAACCUUCAAUGUUAAAAGUCCGGGGUUCUGGCCCGUUGUGGACGGUUUUGGAGCUUCUGGAAACAUCUUUACCUCCGGGAUUCGAUUGCUCUGGGGAACGGUUCUUGAUCAAAGACAGCAAAAUAUUGAAGCUGGAUUACAGUCGAGAGGUGAUACAGUCCAUCAUCAAUGAUGUGAUUAGUUCAAUUUUUUUCACCAAAGGCCCAAAAGAGGUGUUGAAGCUGUUCAACUCUUUGCAACCGAUGCUAAUGGAAAAUCUUUCCGGUGAGGGAUUUAAUCUAAGUUUGGAGGAUUUUAUUGUCCCGAAAAGUAUAUUGAGAGAUAUCGAAACCGAGCUUCAAGAUUUAUCUUCUUUGCUAUAUCAUUUGAGAUCAACCUACAACGAGGUGAUUGCGUUACAGCUUGACAAACAUCUGAGGGCAGUAAAAUCGCCAAUUUCUGAAUUUAUCUUGAAGUAUUCGUCGAUGGGUAGCUUGAUCGAUUCAAAGAGCGAUUCUGCUGUUACAAGAAUCAUCCAACAAAUUGGGUUUUUGGGACUACAGAUUCUGGAAAAGGGGAGGUUGUAUUCAAGAACUUUGGCGGAGGAUUUAUCGAAACAUUUUCGCGGGAACUAUCCGUUUCCAGAGAAAUACCCGUCUGAGGAGUUUGGGUUGAUCCGGGGCUGCUUAUUCCAUGGGCUUGACCCGUAUCAGGAAUUGGUGCAUUCUAUUUCAAAUCGUGAGGUUAUGGUGAGGUCUUCGAGAGGGUUGACUGAACCCGGAACUUUGUUCAAAAACUUGAUGGCUAUUCUUCGUGACGUUGUAAUCUGCUAUGAUGGGACUGUGAGAAAUGUGUGUAGCAAUUCAAUCAUACAGUUUGAAUACGGGGUCCAUACACAGAAUUUGUUUGCUGCUGGUGAACCGGUGGGAGUAUUGGCGGCAACCGCCAUGUCAAACCCUGCAUACAAGGCGGUUCUUGAUUCUUCCCCGAAUAGCAACUCCUCUUGGGAUAUGAUGAAGGAGAUUCUGCUUUGUGGAGUGAAUUUCAAGAACGUGAAUAAUGAUCGUCGGGUGGUACUGUAUUUGAAUGACUGUGAUUGUGGCAAUAAGUAUUGUCUUGAGAAGUCUGCAUAUUUUGUGAAAAAUCAUUUGCGAAAAGUCAGCCUUAAAGAUACUGCUGUUGAAUUCCUUAUAGAAUUCACAAGACAGCAAACAAGUGAAAAUGCUGAAAUUGGUGCAGGACUUGUUGGUCAUAUUCAUCUGAAUCAGGCAAUGUUGAAAGAAUCCAAGAUUAACAUGGAAGAGGUUCUUGCGAAAUGUGAAGACACCCUCAAUGUCUACCGGAAGAAGAAGAAAGAAGUUGGAUUAUUGUUCAGGAGUAUAGCUUUAUCUUGCGGUGAAUGUUCGUUCCACCAAUCAUCAGAAAACAAAUGGAUGCCGUGCUUGAAAUUCUUUAGGCAGGACACUGGUGGUCUCCAGUUGGAGAAGGCAGCACGCAUACUUGCUGACUUCGUUUGUCCUGUUCUUUUAGAUACAAUUAUAAAAGGUGAUCCACGGGUUAAAGAAGCAAAUAUCAUUUGGAUCGGUCCGGAAUCAACCGUUUGGAUUAGAAAUCCAAAUAAGGAUCAAAGCAGUGAAUUCUCUAAUCCAAAUAAGGAUAAAAAGGGUGAAUUCUCUAAUCCAAAUAAGGAUCAAAAGGGUGAAUUGGCUAUUGAUGUGGUUCUUGAGAAGGCAGCUGUUAAGAAAAGCGGGGAUGCAUGGAGAAUAGUGAUGGACACUUGCCUUCCCAUAAUGCAUCUGAUCGACACUACACGAUCCAUUCCUUAUGCAAUCAAACAAGUCGAGGAUCUUCUUGGUACAUCUUGUGCAUUUGAGCAAGCUGUCCAGCGCCUCUCAACCUCUGUUUCAAUGGUUUCCAAAGGCAUGCUGAAAGAGCACCUACUUCUAUUGGCGAAUAGCAUGACAUGUGCAGGAACUCUUGUUGGUUUCAAUCAAGCUGGCAUAAAGGCCUUGUCCAAAACCCUUAAUUUCCAAGUACCAUUUUCCGAAGCGACAUUAUACACACCAAAACGGUGUUUUGAGAAGGCGGCUGAGAAGUGCCAUUCUGAUUCUUUAUCGAGCAUUGUGGCUGCUUGUUCUUGGGGCAAACCAGUUGCUGUGGGUACAGGAUCUCGGUUUGAUAUACUGUGGGACACGAGAGAGGUUGAACUUAACCAAAAGGAUGGCAUUGAUGUAUACAAUUUCCUUCAUUUAGUACACGGUGGAUCAGAAGAAGAAGCUGAUAAUGGGUGUCUUGGUGGUGAGGUUGAUAGUUUCGACAUGGAGGAUAAUUUCAUGGAAGUGGGGUCUCCUGAGCAUGAUUCCGGUGCACCUAAAGCAGUUUUUGAGGACAGUUUGGAACUAAAUCUUGGUCAAAUGGAGACUGCAGCUCCUGAAGAUGGGAACUCCAGUGGCGGAUGGGGGGCGGCUGUGAAGACUACACCAACUGAUGGCUGGGGGGCGGCUGUGAAGAGUACACCAACUGAUAGCAGUGGCAGCUGGGGGGCGGCUGUGAAGACGACACCUACGACUGAAGGUAGCUGGGGGGCGGCUGUGAAGACCACACCUACGACUGAAGGUAGUUGGGGGGCGGCUGUGAAGACUACACCUACGACUGAAGGUAGUUGGGGGGCGGCUGUGAAGGCCACACCAGCAACUGAAGGAUCUGGAUCGGGGUGGGGCAAAAAAGCGGAAGAACCUGCAUGGGGCGGGAAGAAACCGGAUUCAGACACUGGGGCAGGAUCAGGAUCAGUUCCAUGGGGUAAAAGAGAGGAAACUGCUUGGGGUAAGAAAGUUAACAGCGGGGAUUCAGCUGCUGCCUGGGGUAAAAAAGAUGACACUGGGGACUCAGCUCCAUGGAGCAAAAAAGCUGACACUGGGGGUUCAACUCCAGCUCCAUGGGGUAAAAAAGCCGACACUGCAGCUCCAGCUCCAUGGGGGAAAAAAGAUGACACCGGGGGCUCAGGCUCAGCUCCAUGGGGUAAAAAAGCCGACACUGGGGUUUCAACUCCAGCUCCAGCUCCAUGGGGCAAAAAAGAUGACACCGGAUCAGCUCCAUGGGGUAAAAAAGCUGACACUAGGGGUUCAGGUUCAGCUCCAUGGGGCAAAAAAGAUGACACUGGAUCAGUUCCAUGGGGUAAAAAAGAUGACACCGGAUCAGCUCCAUGGGGCAAAAAAGAUGACACCGGAUCAACUCCAUGGGGUAAAAAAGAUGACACUGGAUCUGCUCCCGCUCCAUGGGGAAGAAAGGAUGUUAAAGCUGACGAGCCCAGUCAAGUGGAAGAGUCUCAGUGGGGUAAAAUAGAGUCGUCUGGUUCCUGGGGCAAAUCAGUACAAAAACCUGAUUCCGUUCCGAAAUGGGGUGGGAAUAAUAAAAGCGAUGAGGGGUCGGAUUGGAGCAAAAAGGUGGAGGAAAAAACAGAAUCCAAGGAUGGAUGGGGUUCUCAAAGUCAAUGGGGUGCAAAGAAUCCUGAAGGGGGGUCAUCAGAAGACACCACUACCACCACCAAUGAAGGCGAGAAACCAGGAGGAGCUUGGGGAUGGAAUCGGAAACCCGAGCAGAAACCGGAUCAGGGACAGGGUGGCUGGAAAAAGAAGGAAGGGUGGGGGCCAAGGAGAGACCGGCCUGCUCGCCCAGCUGGUGGGCCUAAUGACGGGCCGAGGCCGGGUGGGGGUGGCGGUGGACCGUUCACUGCAUCUCGUCAAAGGCUGGAUAUGUUUACUUCAGACGAACAGGAGAUUCUUGCUGAUAUUGAGCCCAUCAUGCUUUCUAUUAGGAGAAUCAUGAGCCAAGAGGGAUAUAAUGAUGGCGAUCCUUUGUCUGCUGAAGAUCAAACAUAUAUCCUAGAAAAUGUAUUCAACCAUCAUCCAGAAAAAGCUCAGAAAAUGGGAGCUGGAAUCGAUUACGUCAUGGUGACGAAGCAUACGCUUUUCCAAGACAGCAGGUGUCUUUUCAUAGUGUCAACAGAUGGGCGGAAAGAGGACUUCUCUUACAGGAAGUGUUUGGAGAACUUUGUUCGUGGAAAAUAUCCGGACAAAGUGGAUGAAUUCAUGUCAAAAUACUUCAAGAAGCCUCAACCUCGCCCCCCAAGGGAACCACGCCCCCCUGGCCCAGGUCAAGAUGAAGCCAUUGGGACUCCUAAUUCCCAAUCUCAGUCUGGAUGGAAACGGGGGGAUGCCAAUGAUGAAGGCGGCACCCACACCCCUCGCUCUCAGCCUGGAUGGAACCGGGAUUCUGGUAGUGAUGCCGGAACACCCCGUGCUCAAUCGCAAUGGGGAGGGAGUGAGGCGGGAACACCUGUUUCUGGUUCUGGAUGGAAGAAAGAGGCAGAAGGCGGAGGAGGAUGGAACAAGGGAGGUGGAGGAGGGGGUUGGGGGUCCUGACUCCUGACUCGUGAGAGUGAGAGUUAAUUUGAAUUUGGGGUUGGAAUAUUUGUAACCCUGUAGGUAAUGUAGGGUAGGGUGCUAGCUUUUGCUUUUUAAUCUCUGGUGCACAGCAGACAGUAGUAGUAAGUAGUAAGAAAAGGAAAGGUUUUGGUGGAAUGAAUGACAUGAUGGGAUGGGAUGUGAUGUGAUAAAUAUUUUGGAUGAUUAGUUGUUUCA